GACCAAUGUUCAACACGUUUGCUGGAUGUAACCAAACUGACGCUGUCUUAUGGCGUGCGUGAUAUAUAGGCGGUUGGUCAGAUAUGCUCUGGCAACUCGAUGACCAAGAACCUCGACCAGUGCACGAGCCUGGCGAGUAAGGCUGCCGCUGCCGGUGCAAAGGUCCUCUUCCUCCCAGAAGCGUCCGACUACAUCGCCACAUCCGCCUCCGAGUCUCUCGGUCUCGCCGAGCCCAUGGCCUCUUCGCCUUUUGUCAAGGGUCUCCAGGAUGCCGCAAAGCAGCACAACCUCGCCAUCCACGUAGGCAUCCACGACGUGGCUCCAAACUCUUCAUCCUCGUCCUCUUCCUCUUCCUCGCCCACCAGUCAGGAGCAACAGCCCCAGAAGCUCUACAACGGGACAAUCUACAUCUCCCCCGACGGCACCCUCCUUCACCCCACGGGCACCUACAACAAGCUCCACCUCUUCGACUACGCCUCCCUCCGCGAGUCCGCCUCAACCCAGGCCGGGUCCGACUUCACCCCUCCCUUCCCCUCCCCCAUCGGCCUCCUGGGCAGCCUGAUCUGCUUCGACCUGCGCUUCCCCGAGGCCGCCCUGCAUCUCGCCAAGCCACCGCCGCCGCCGCCGCCUCCUCCUCCCUCGUCCCAGUCCCAAACCCAAGAAGCCGCCGCCGCCGCCGCCGCCCAGGUCCUGCUGUACCCGUCCGCCUUCACUGUGCCCACGGGCCAGGCCCACUGGGAAGCCCUGCUGCGCGCCCGGGCGAUCGAGACGCAGAGCUGGGUCGUCGCGGCCGCCCAGGUCGGCAGGCACCACGCCUUCGAGGAGGGCGGCAAGAGGGUCAGCUACGGGCACAGCAUGGUCGUCGACCCCUGGGGCCGGGUCGUGGUCGAGCUCAAGGGCGUCGAGGAUGUGAAUGCUACCCACAGUGUAGAUAUCGAGGCGGCGGUUGGUGGUACUGGCAAGGGCAGCAAUGUAGGCGAGCAGAAGCAGCAGCAGCAGGAGCAGAGGUGGGAGGCCGUGGACGGCGCCGUGGGCGAGCUGGGCGUGUUCGAGGUCGAUCUCGACCAUGUCGCCAGGGUCAGGGAGCAGAUGCCUUUGGUCAGGAGAACGGACCUAUACUCGAGCUGUUAGGAAGUGCUAUGACGAGUAGGGCAAGUGACACAGAGUAGCGGUGGUACGUCUCAUUUUCCGUGCUGCGGUCGAGGUAUCAGAAGGCAAUACGGCGAAGAAUCAUGGUGAUAUAAGCGCUUUGGUCUCGUAGCGUAGACUCUCUCCAACUGGGCCAGAUCAGCAGCAUGUCGCGAAAUAGCAGAAGCCUACUAGUGUGAAUCUUCACAGCGUGAAGACAUCCUCCUGGCGCGUAC